AUGUCUUUCUCCAGUCUUGUUCAGGACUUGAGCCUCCGUGACGCUAAUGGUGCUCGCCGCCCCCAGAUGUCCGGUCCCCGCUCGUCCGCUUCCACUCUCGACGACAGAGCCUCGCACGUCUCGAGAGCCAUGUCCUACGCCAGUACCACUGCCACCAGCGUCAGCAUCUCAGGCGACAUUUCAAGCCAGCUCCAUGGUGGAUACUUCCACCCUCUGGCUCGCUCGUGGCAGGCUGAGCGUCAGCUCACCAAGUCUAUGCUUAUCUACCCCCUCUUUGUCACCGACGGUGAGGGCGAUAUGAUCCUCGUUCCUUCUCUUCCUGGUCAGCACCAGCUCAGCUGCGACAAGCUGAUUCCAUUCCUCGAGCCUCUCGUCCACAAGGGUCUCCGUUCCGUCAUGCUCUUUGGUGUUCCCAUGCAAGCUGGCACCAAGGAUGCUCUUGGCACUGCCGCCGACGACCCCGAAGGUCCCGUUAUCCGAGCCAUUCACAUCAUCCGCCGCCGAUUCCCUCAACUUUUCAUUUGCUGCGACGUCUGUCUUUGCGAGUACACCUCGCAUGGCCACUGCGGUAUCCUCCGCGACGAUGGCAGUCUCAACAACCAGCUGUCCGUUGACCGCAUCUCCGAUGUUGCCAUCGCUUAUGCCAAGGCCGGCGCUCAAUGUGUUGCUCCCUCAGAUAUGAACGAUGGCCGUAUUCGCGCUAUCAAGCUGAAGCUGAUCGAAGAGGGAAUUGCCCACAAGACCGUUCUCAUGUCCUACUCUGCCAAGUUCUCUGGUUGUCUGUACGGCCCCUUCCGCGAUGCUGCUGGCUCAGCACCUUCAUUUGGUGACCGUAAGUGCUACCAGCUUCCCCCUGGUGGCCGCGGUCUUGCCCGACGUGCUAUUGUUCGAGAUAUCAAUGAGGGAGCCGAUAUCAUCAUGGUGAAGCCUGCCAGCCAGUACCUCGACAUUAUCAGUGACGCCAAGGACUUGGGUAAGGAUCUGCCCGUGGCCGCAUACCAGGUCAGCGGCGAGUACGCCAUGAUACACGCCGGAGCCAAGGCCGGCGUCUUUGACCUGAAGGCAAUGGCCUUUGAGUCGACAGAGGGUAUCCUUCGAGCUGGUGCUACCAUCGUAGUCAGCUACUUUACCCCUGACUUCCUUGACUGGCUCGAGAACUAA